CGCGCGCGCGUGGAUUGCACCACCGCAUCCCCCUGCUCACCGUUUCCUGCGGGCGGCCGCACUCUGACUGAUUUGAUGGAGAGAAUGAAGCCGAGGAUCGUCUCUGUCCCCCUCAGAUCCACAUCUGUCUCGUCCCAGAUGUGACUGACGGGUCUUAGGUUUUAUUUUUAUUUUAUUUAUUUAUUUUUAUUAAAUUUAUUCUCAUUAUUCUUUACCGUGACGCCCGCGUCCAUCAGCGUGUCCACCUCUGGAAGAGACCACCACCAUGGCCCUGGUCAUGGAGCCGAUCAGUAAGUGGACACCGAAGCAGGUGCUGGACUGGAUGAAAGGCCUGGAUGACUGCCUCCAGCAGUAUGUGAAGAGUUUUGAGCGGGAGCAGAUCGGGGGAGAGCAGCUGCUGCACAUCACCCAUCAGGAGUUGGAGGAGCUCGGCGUCACCAGAAUAGGACACCAGGAGCUCAUCCUGGAAGCUGUCGACCUCCUUUGUGCCCUGAAUUAUGGCCUGGAAACAGAGAAUCUCAGGACACUGUCCCACAAGUUAAAUGCUUCAGCGAAGAACCUCCAGAACUUCAUCUUGGGCCGGCGCCGGGGCGGACACUAUGAUGGAAGAGCCUCUAGAAGACUGCCCAACGACUUCCUUACAUCAGUGGUGGAUUUGAUCGGUGCUGCCAAGAACCUGCUGGCCUGGCUCGACAGGUCUCCCUUCGCCAGCGUGACAGAGUAUUCAUUACUGAAGAACAACAUUGUGCAGCUCUGCCUAGAGCUGACCACUAUCGUCCAACAGGACUGCACGGUGUACGAGACGGAGAACAAGAUUCUUCACGUGUGUAAGACCUUAGCAGGAAUCUGCGACCACAUCAUCUCCCUGUCUUCAGACUCGUUGGUGUCUCAAUCGGCUCAUCUGGAGGUGGUCCACCUUACAAGCAUCAUGCCAAGUGAAGGACUGGGGAUGUAUAUCAAAUCUACAUACGAUGGACUUCAUGUUAUCACUGGAACCACAGAGAACUCUCCAGCAGAUCAGUGUAAGAAGAUCCAUGCUGGGGAUGAGGUGAUCCAAGUCAACCACCAGACAGUGGUGGGAUGGCAGCUAAAGAACCUGGUGAAUGCUCUCAGAGAAGACCCAUGUGGAGUCAUUCUCACGUUGAAGAAAAGGCCUCAGAACACCCUGAGUUCUACUCCGGCUCUGCUCAGGAACGUCCGCUGGAAACCACUCGGCCUGCAGCCUAUUCCCACCAGUCCCACCAGCACGUCCCCCACACCAGGUGGAACUCUGGGCAUGUCCAAAAUGGAUGCUCCGAGCAUGCAGGAUGUAUACAUCCUGUCUCCUGUUUCCGGUCUCUAUAGCCCCAGGGACGAGAUGGGCCUGAUGUCAUGUGAUGAUAUCAGCCGCUACAGCAUGAGCUCCCAGUCUGGCUCUAAAGGAUCAGAGGCCGUCAGCUAUUACCUAGACCAGGACAGUGGUCAAUACUUCUCCUUGCUGGAAGGAGAUGGACCAGCUGGACCUGACUACGACCGCAGCCGCAAUACAGGGGUGCGGCGACGGGACAAGACCCCAACACAUGGUGAUCUCAGACCUGUUUCCAUGCCUCCUGAAUAUAACUGGAUGGCCGAGGUCAAGGAACCCAGCAUGGGCAAAAGAGGGAGCCGAGACUCAGACAACUCCCUGCUCCGUUACAUUAGCGACGACAAGAUUCUGGUGAUCGAGGAGGAGCCGGAGGGUUUAAGCAGAGAAAGCCGGCGAGAUUCAUCCAGACGAUCUCGACGCAAGAGCCGCAAUCCCAGCAGCCCUAGCUUUCCCAUAAGCCCUUCCAUGCUGUCGUCCACCCUGCGUCUUGACCAGCCACCAGAACCUCUGCCCCGAGGUGCGGACACAUUACGAGCAGACACAACAGACAGGUACUCAGGCACAGGAAGCUCAGGAGCUGCUUCCAUGAGGAAGUCUUUCCAUUACACAUCUCUAAGAGCAAAAACCAAAAAGAGAAGUAAAGGUUCCCUCACCAGUGCCAGUCGACGGAGAAUCUCCUGUAAGGACCUCGGUCAUGGCGACUGUGAGGGCUGGCUGUGGAAGAAGAAAGAUGCUAAAGGCUAUUUCACCCAAAAAUGGAGGAAGUACUGGUUCAUCCUCAAAGAAUCUUGUCUCUACUGGUACACCAACCAAAAUGAUGAGAAGGCUGAGGGCUUCAUCAGCCUCCCUGAGUUCAGAAUAGACCGAGCCAUAGAAUGCAGGAGGAAAUUUGCCUUCAAAGCCUGUCAUCCCAAAAUCAAGAGCUUCUUCUUUGCCACAGAUUGUCUUGAGGAAAUGAACAGGUGGAUGAACAGACUUGGGUUAGCUGCCAUUGGCUACACACCAGAUGAUAAAGUGCCACGCCCUGAUGAAGACUACUGGAGUGAGAGUGAUCAAGAUGAGGUUGAUGGAUCAAUGACCCUCAAACAGGAAGGACCUUCAUCUCUCUGUGAUACUUACCAUCGCACACCAUCUGUGAAUUCUUCCAGUCCUUUCCCAGAGUCCAAGCAUGGUCGACAUUUCUCUAGUGAGUCCACACACUCCCACUCCUCAGCAGAGGACCAGCGUGGGGAUGGCAUGGGCAUGGGCACGGGCACAGGGAGCACCAGCACCCACUCGUCUGGCUGCCGAUCCUCCCAUCGCGAGCGACGCUCCUGGCAGGACCUCAUUGAGACCCCUCUGACAAGUGCAGGACUGCACUUCCUCCAGACAGCGCCAGGGGACAGUGACUAUGGUGGCCCGAUGGGUGGCAUGGCUGGAGAGAUGGGAUUCUACGGAGGACUGGGCAGGCAGGGAAUGUCCCCAGAAAGACGUCGGCAAGCCACACUACCUGUACGGAGACACCACGCAGCAGAGAGAGACCGAGAGCGGGACGGGCCUUUCCCCCUGGAGCGGGGCCCAUACACACACAGCCACACACACCGACGCUCCCACAAGCAGCGCAGCCAGAGUCUACCCAGGAACAGAGACCCAAUGCAUGGAAAAUUCAUGCACACAUCAGCUCAUAUGGAAGAGAGGAGUGAAGAUGAGGAGGCAGAGGGCCAGGCAGCAGACAUACUCGAGGCAGAAGAUGACCCACGGGACUUUAGAGUCGAGAGCAGAGACAGGAGGGUGUCAGAAGGAUGGGAGCCUGAACCGUUGGAAGGGUUAGAGCAGCUUUAUCGGGCCCUUGAACAAGCCAACGUGACGCCUCUAGGAGACCCUAAACCCUGCAGCAGGCAAGAGUUUCGGCGCUGUUUCACCCAGAGAGUCAGGGACCCACUGCUCAACGACCGGCUGCACAGAGUCCGAGCCCUCCGCAGCACUCUAAAGGCCAAAGAGUCGGAGCUGGAGGUGAUCUGCGCCCUGCUGGAGGACCCCGGCCUGUGCUCGCAGACCUUCAGAGAGUGGAAACAGUGGCACAGCGAGCUCUACUCAGACAUCUGCCAGCUCAGCCCCGGCACCAACGGCCAGGACGACCUGUCUCCGCUGGCCGCGCCACUCAUGACCCACACACACUCCUUCAUCGAGACUCACGUGUGACGAAACUAAAACAAACUGAGCCGAUGCGCGUGCACGCACACACACACGUGCGCGCGCGCUGACAUAGAGCUUCACAUUCAUCGAACUGUUCCUCCUGAUCACGACUCAGAGCACGCACCCACUCACACAGAAACAUUGUAAGAUGUGUAAAUAUCAAAGAGGGAACGGUCUGAGACCUGCGUGUACGAACUUUUGAUAAUCCCAAGGACCCCACAGGGUGCCUGUUGCAUGCCUGAACAGAACACAUUAAUCUUCCUUUGUUUAUUGAACUCGCCUAACCCUUGUCAAGAAAAACGGGAAAAUAGGAGAAUUUUAACGUUGGUUUCUUUGUGUUCUCUACAUUUGGCUACUUCUUUUGUUUGAUUUAAGGGGGUAGGGGGAGCUAUGUAGCAGCAAUACAGACGAGAAUCCUUUUCACCACAGCACUGUACUUUUUCUACUAAUGAACUUUGCACCCAGA